UAUAUUUUUUAAAAUUAAAUUUCCAUCCACAAGUUUGAUCUGACCCGUUUGGUCAAAGAUGUAGGAUGCUGUCAAAUUGACAUUUUCUAUCGGAACAAAAAAUCUACAGAAAUUUCCAGCGCAAAGAACAAAUAUCAACACGAGAUGGCACAGAGCAAACUGAAUGAUUUGGCUGGAAAAUUCGGCAAAGGAGGUCCUCCCGGACUGACGACGGGUUUGAAGGUGUUGGCUGCUGUAGGAGCGAUUGCGUACGGUGUUAAAAACUCCAUGUACACCGUCGAAGGUGGUCAUCGUGCGAUCAUAUUCAACCGUAUCGGUGGUGUAGGCGAUGAUGUUUUCGCAGAAGGUUUACACUUCCGUAUGCCCUGGUUCCAGUACCCCAUCAUUUACGACAUUCGAUCUCGGCCACGCAAAAUAUCAUCCCCCACCGGUUCGAAGGAUCUGCAGAUGGUAAACAUUUCGCUCCGUGUCCUGUCCCGUCCCGAUGCUCGCAAACUUCCCAUCAUGUACCGUCAGUUGGGCCAGGAUUACGACGAAAAAGUGCUGCCCUCGAUUUGUAACGAGGUGCUGAAGAGUGUGGUGGCCAAAUUUAAUGCUUCCCAGCUGAUCACCCAGCGGCAGCAGGUAUCGCUAUUGAUUCGCCGUGAGCUCGUAGAGCGUGCGGCCGAUUUUAACAUUAUUCUCGACGAUGUGUCACUGACGGAGCUGAGCUUCGGCAGGGAAUAUACAGCGGCGGUUGAAAGCAAACAGGUUGCCCAGCAGGAAGCUCAACAGGCUGCGUUCUUGGUGGAACGUGCGAAGCAGGAGCGGCAGCAGAAGAUUGUACAGGCCGAGGGUGAAGCAGAAGCGGCGAAAAUGUUGGGUAUUGCAGUAGCAGAAAAUCCUGGUUAUCUUAAGCUUCGAAAGAUUCGCGCAGCACAGAACAUUGCCAGAACGAUCGCAAAUUCACAGAACCGUGUCUACCUCUCUGCCAACAGUCUGAUGCUGAACAUUCAGGACGAUUCGUUCGAUGAUAUGUCGAAGAAAGUUUCAAAUGGGCGGCUAGCAGCGGGUAGUGGAUGGUUUGGCACAUCAGGCUCGACCUCAACUGCAACAGCACAAACGAAAUCGAAAUCAACCGCGAAGGAGAACGGAACCAACCAAACCGAAGACAAGCAGCAGCAGCCGCAGCAGUACGAUGAAAGCUUGAUCAAGAUCAUUGCGGAAGAAACGGUCGAUCGGUUGAAGGGAAAUGUGUUGUAAUUAAUAGCCUAUUACAAGACAAACGAACAAUUUCUUUCAAGUGAAGAAAUCAAAUGCAUUUGUUAUAUCAACGCACAUUGUUGUUUCGUUGUGCAAGUUGUCAUUCGAUUUUAGUUUAUCUGUUUUCACGCAUUAUGGCUAUAUUUUUCUGUUCAUAUUUAGCAAAUUGUAUGUAGUUCCCUUCUUUGCACAUAAUAUAAUUGAUUUCCAAUUUAAUCUUAAUAAGCACAAGAACCUAUUCCUGAUCAAUAGUGUAGAAACUACAGAAUUGGGGCGGGAAAAACUAUUUUGGAUGAAUUUUAAAACAUGUUCAUGAUGUAAACGAUCCCUGAUGUGUUAUUUUCUUCUACCGAACAAUUGAUAAUCAGUCAGUCUACUAAUUCCACGCCGUUUUUUGCUGUAAUUGAUACGGUUAGAUUUGUGAUACUGGCAAUAGGGUUUUACACAAAAACACACACGGUACACACGUUACUACAUCUACUCUUUUCUGUAGAGGUUUGAAAAUGGCAGUGUUUUAUUGUUGAGCCCCAUUAAGCUGCUCGAUUCCUGAAGGGUUUCCUGUUUAAGUCCGUCAUAUGUUCUGAACAUUCUGCAGUGCAUGUUGUACGGUUUAAGCUUAUGUACGAUUAAUUGCUUAUCGGAAGUUGUUCUUCAUUUGGGUGGUGGAUAUUUAGCUAAUGGUAUAUUGUAAUUUGCUUUGCAUAAGCUUUUACUACGUUUACGAUGCUCAUGUUACUUGAAAUGUGCUAUUACGUUUUUUUUUAAUUUCUACACCAAUUAGCGGUUUCGGUUCCGUUUCGUGUGUUGAUCGAUUUGAUUGAUUUUGGACCUCAUUAUUGAUUGGUUACCUACAUCAACUAGUUGUUGUAUAACUCUACGGUAUAUUCACCACUAGAAACUACACCAAAUACGUUUAGCAAGAACAAUAGAAGAAACGCAAAACAAAAAAAACGUAAAUUGCUUCAUUGUCGGUAGUGCUUUCGGCUGCCGAACCAUUGGUGGAGUGAGAAAAGUUUGGAAAAAAGAUGAACAUAAGCCACAAAUAGCCAGAAGAUGUUACAAAAAGGAUGCAUCCGAACUAGAUGAUCCCCUCACCAUGCGCUUGAACGUUGAGCCUCUAAGGAUCACCAACAAGAGGGAUGCAGAUGAUUGCAUUCUUAACAAUAGAGUUUAUCACAGUGUUUUUGUUUUAAGUUUGAAGAAAGCAACAUCGGUUUACAGAGCUGCGGAGCUCGCCCAUUUGCCGAAAAACAAGUACUAAAGU